AUGACUGACGAGAAUAGUGGCGGUCGCGAAAAGGCCCUGUCGGCCAACACACAGUCGUUCCUGACGUCCUUCGCGUUCAACGGUGCCAUCGCCGGCGCGCAGCUCAUCGCAUGGCUUGUCCUGCGUCCGCUCAUCAAGGGCGUGUACGAGCCGAGGACGUACAUUCCACCGCAUAUCCAGCAGGCGGUUCCGCUAGGCAAGAAUCUGAUCAUGCCAUUGUGGCGAAUCAUCAUGUCCGACCCGGACGAGAUUCUGCGGAAGAACGGUGUCGACCCUUAUGUCUUUGUCCGGUUCCUUCGGCUGAUGAUCAAGGCUUAUGUGCCGAUCUGGUUUGUCUCAUGGGCAAUUUUACUGCCGGUCGACUCUGUCAACUCGAGCCGCGAGGGCCGCCAGGGCCUCGACCAGUUCACGUUUGGUAACAUUGCGCUCAAUAAGCAAGACAGAUACUGGGCUCACCUGAUUCUCGCCUGGGUCUUCAACGGUUGGAUCAUCUACCUCAUCUGGACGGAGAUGAGGAAGUGGCUCGUGAUUCGGCAGACUUACCUCACAUCCCCAAAGCAUUCCAAGACCGCCCAGGCACGCACGGUGCUCGUCACUGGCAUUCCGCUCGAGUACAUGGACGAGGAGCGGCUGAAACAGCUCUAUUCGUUCCUGCCCGGGGGUGUCAAGACGGUGUGGCUGAAUCGCAACCUGAAAGAGAUGCCAUCCCUGUAUGACCGGCGUCUGGCGGCGUCUAACAGACUCGAAAACGCCCAGGUUCAGCUCGUUCAGAAGGCGUGGAAGUACCGUCACAAGCACGAGCAGCAAGCAGCCAAGGCCGAAAAGAAGGGCAAGGAGCCGGCACCCCUCGAGCCAGCGACCAAGCCACCGACGGACGGCUCGGCGCUGUCAUUGGCGGACCAGCUCGUCCCUCAUUCCCAACGUCCUACAAUGCGCCUGAAGCCGUCCUGGUCCCCGAUCGGGCUCGGCUGGCUCGGCAUUGGAAAGAAGGUCGACGUGAUUCACUGGGCCCGCAAGGAGAUCGCCGAGUGCACCGACCAGCUGGACAAGUCGCGCGACCAGCUCGGUCGCGACAUUGCAACGGUCGGCAUUGACGGCGACAACUACCCGCCCCUGAAUUCGGCCUUUAUCCUCUUCAACCAGCAGAUCGCGGCGCACAUGGCGCACCAGUGUCUUAACUACCAGGUCCCCUACGAGGCUCGUCUCCGCACGGUUGUUUCUUGGGCGUUGACUUUUGGCAUCAUUAUCGCUUGGGUGCCCCUGUACUCGUUCGGCAAGAAGCUGCUGCAGGGUGUCAUCACUGGUGUGCUUCCUCCUAUCCUUCUCGCUGUUCUCAACAUGUUGGUCCCCGUCAUCUACCGGCAGUUCUCCGCGCUUGCUGGAACGCCGAAUAAGAACUUGGUUGAGCUCGACGUCAUGACGCGGUUCUUCAUCCACCUCGUCGUGAACACCUUCGUGACCGUGACGCUCUCGAAGGGUCUGAUCCAGAGUUUGCCCGAGCUAGCAGCGAACCCUGCCAGUGUCCCCGCCACGCUCGCGAAGAACAUGCCGUCCGCAUCGACUUUCUUCAUCACCAUGAUCCUCACGCAGUUCACUGGUGCGGUUGGUGUGCUGCUGUCGCCGAUCACCCUUCUGUUCUACUACGUCCGUGUCAUUCUUGGUGGAGGUACGCCCCGCAAGAUCUUCAACGCCCGCUACCGUAUGCCCACGCCGACAUUUGGUGCCGACUUUGCGCUGAGCGCGUAUAUGAUUAUUUCGCCCGUGAUCAACGGUUUCGGUGCGGUCUUUGCCAUUGUGUCCUACUGGGUGUACAAGUACCAGUACAUCUGGGUCAUGUUCCAGCGCCCGUCCGAGGACACUGGCGGUCUCUUCUUCCCGAAGGCGGUCUCGCAGGUCUUUGUCGGUCUGUACAUCCAGGAGAUCUGUCUCUGCGCGCUCUUCUUCCUUGCGCGUGAUGAGAAUCAGCACGUGUCCGCCGUGCCGCAGGGCGCGCUCAUGGUUGUGCUCAUUGCCGCGACGGCGUCGGUGCACUUCCUGCUCGUGAACGCAUACGGCCCGCUGCGCGACUCGGUGCCCUUCUCGCUUGCGCACCUGACCCGCCGUCCGCACGGCAGCAGCAACAAGCUGCAGGGCGACUCGGAGUCGUUCGUGUCUGCCAAGUCGCAGACGCCCCUGAACCCGACCCCGCCUAACGAGCGGAGCGAGUACUCGUCCGAAUCGCAGAACCCCUCCUCGAGCAAGGGCGACCAUUCGUCGACGAAGGGCGACUAUUUCCCGGAGCCGAAGCCGGCUGCGCGCCGCGGUUCGACCAAGUCGUGGGAGGACAUCAAGUGGGACAGCAUGGCGCAAGACUGGCAGCCGGGGACGCAGGGCGACACCCCCCCGCCCUCUCCGCCGGCGAUAGCCAAGGAACGCGCGCAAGAGUCGAUAGCGAAGGAGUCGAUCGAGAUGGCCGAGCUGGGGCGCACGAGCACGCGCGUAGACCCAGAGGACGACAAGGAGGACACGGCCUUCUUCGCCGUCCCCGGCGGUCCGGGGGUAUACCCUCCUCCGCCGAGCGGGGUCGACCCUGCCGCCUUCUUCCACCCCGCGACGAAGAAUCCGCAGCGCACCGUCUGGCUCCCCCAGGACACGCUUGGCAUGGCAGCUCAUGAGAUGAGGGACAAUGUGGACGCGGGCGUGCUCACUACCACCAACAACGCGUUCCUCAACUCGAACGGAAAGGUCAAGGUCGUGGGCCGGCCGCCCGAUAUGCUCUAG